AUAUAUGCACAGGAGGCAGGACUAAAAGCAGAGCUCAGCCACUUCUAGUGCAAUCCUGCAGAGCUAACUAUCCCAUCAUGUUUGGUACUGUGAUUCUUUUAUUCCUCUUAAUUUUAUUCCUCUUGUUCCAACUCAAAUUUAAAAGGCCAAAGAAUUUUCCACCAGGACCCCCAACCUUACCCCUCCUUGGGAACGUUUUGAGCCUGAGCCAGGAGAACCCUCUAGAGGACCUUGAGAGGCUCAGGCUCUCAUAUGGAAAUGUCUACAGCCUGUUUAUUGGUUCCAGACCAGCUGUGGUCAUCAGUGGACUAAAGGCCAUAAAGGAGGCGAUAGCGAUAAAGGGUGCGGAAUAUGCUGGAAGACCACAAGACAUGUUUGUAAAUGAUGUCACAGAGAAUAAAGGAGUGAUUUUGGCAGAUUACGGCUUGAGAUGGAAAGAACAUCGACGCUUUGCUCUGAUGACACUAAGAAACUUUGGUCUAGGAAAAAAGUCAAUGGAAGACAAGAUCAAUGAUGAGAUUGAAUACACAAUAAAAACCCUGGAACAGAGCCAAGAUGGCAUACUGAGCCCACAGGUCAUGUUCCAUAACGCAGCCUCCAACAUCAUCUGCCAAGUUCUGUUUGGUAAACGCUUUGAAUACAAUGAUGAGUUGAUCAAAGUUAUUGUUCAGUGCUUCACUGAGAAUUCGAAGAUGGCCAAUGGACCUUGGGCUAUGGUGUACGACUCUCUUCCAAUAACUCGCAGCCUGCCACUUCCCUUCAGAAAAGCCUUUACAAAUUAUAAGACUUGUCAGAAUAUUGCAAUGGAAUUGGUGACAGAGCACAAGAAGACCAGAGUUCCUGGAGAGCCUCGAGACUUUCUAGACUGCUAUCUGGAUGAACUGGAUAAGAGAGGCAAUGAUGGUUCUUCGUUUUCAGAGGAACUGCUCACAAACUAUAUUCUAGAUCUUCACUUUGCUGGGACGGAUACCACCUCUAAUACUCUGCUGGCAGGCUUUCUUUACCUGAUGAACUACCCACACAUACAAGAACGAUGCCAGCAGGAGAUUGAUCAGGUGCUGCAGGGGAAGGAUCGAGCCAGCUUCGAGGACAGAAACAGCAUGCCUUAUGUACAGGCUGUGAUCCAUGAAGUGCAGAGGAUUGCCAACACAGUUCCUCUCAGUGUUUUCCACUGUACAACUAAGGACACCGAGCUCAUGGGAUACUCCAUUCCCAAGGGAACAAUGAUCAUUCAGAAUCUGACCUCGGUUCUGAGGGAGGAGGGACAGUGGAAAUCUACUCAUGAAUUCAACCCUGAAAACUUCCUGAAUGAACAUGGAGAGUUUGUCAAACCAGAUGCCUUCAUGCCUUUCUCUGCAGGUCCUCGGGUGUGUCUCGGAGAAGGUCUGGCUAGAAUGGAGCUCUUCCUCUUCACUGUGACUCUGCUGAAGAAGUUCAAGUUCAUCUGGCCAGAGGAUGCAGGAGAACCAGAUUUUACUCCAGUUUAUGGGGUCACUCUAACUCCAAAACCUUACAACAUGAAGGUCCAACUAAGAUCCUCAGAGUGAGGACAGAAGAAACACGCUGCAUUAAAAGCGCAAUAGCUUGGAUUUAGAAAUACAUUUUGUUUAAUUCUAGCUCAACAACAUUAAAUGUAAACUUGUCUUCAUUAUGAUAUAUGUAUUUGGUUUGGGUACAAUAGUUGUAUUAAAUUCUUAAUUAUUUUGUGUAUUUCUUCUCAUGUGUUAGGGUUAAAGUUUCCUUAAAUACAAAACUUUAAACUAAACAGACUCUAUUAUUCAAUGAAACAGUUUUUAGAAAUUGCUUUGAAAUUAGAUCUGUUGUGAAUUGGAGCUAUAUGAAUAAAACUGAAAUAACCUGUAUUGAACAAAAUAUCAACAUAUAAAGUGCUAUGAGAAAUCGC